CCGUGCAAUAUUCCCUGGCGCCAUACCUUGUUAGUACCUAUUUCAGAGUAACAUACUGAUCUUCGGGCGCGAGAUGGGAUGUCGGCUUCUUUUCAAGGCAAGAUGCGUCGGCGGUUGCUACCACUCACUCCCUUGCCAUUAUUCCAUUUGGCAUGAAUCAUGGAUGUCCAUUUCUUCAUUCCUCUUUCUCUCUCUCUCCCUGUCUUCCUCCCUCUCUCAUUUUCAACCUUCUCCGCAACUCUUUGUCCUGUAUCAUCUCCCAACCCUCGACCUCAUUCAUGGUUCUCUGGGUUGAGUCCGCAAACAACUCACCCAUUAUCUAUCUCCCUCACCAUCCAUAUGUUAACAUUCGACCCAUAUUCUGCCCCCACGCUUCUCACCCGCUCUCAUACUCUUUCUCUCCAGCCUGAAACUCGUUUGAAACGACUUGCUUGCAUGGGAAAAAAUGUCCUUUAUCUAGGUUUUCCCGCCCAGGCAUGUUAUUCUUCCAUGACAUGGUCUUUCCCAAGCUCGUUGAAGUGCAAUGGCAAAAUUGGGUUGCAUAUUGCACUGUGCACGCAAAGGAGAAAAGGGGGAAAAAAAGAGGAAAACCGGGAGAGAGAGAGAGAGGUAGAGCGCAGCUGCGGGCCCCUUUUUUGUUCUUUUGUACCCCGAUUCCUGAAAGCGUGUAAUUAGCUUUUGUGUGUGCGCGCGCACGCUCUGAACGUGUGCUCCCAUUCUCAAUACCUAACAGAAUGUUCUACUCGUGGUUCCUGGGUCGUAGAGGGUCGUUGAUGUGGAAAUUAAAGGGCUUAGAUACUUGAAGAGAUGUUUU